UUGAAAAGGAAGAAGAAGAAGAAGAAGGGGGAAUAAUCCCAAAUACCCAAGUCGGAAAACGUGAAAAAUACAAACGCGGCAACUACCAAAAGCUCGAGCUCGUUGCUAUAAUGGCGAUUUAGAGAGCGACCGACCAAUACCUAAGUUCGGCCAAAAGCUUCUUCUUCGUCUUCUUUCUAUAUUUAAGCGAGGAGGGGAGAUAUUUGGAGUUGAUCUGUUUUGGGUUUUGGUUUUGGCCCCAAAAUUUGUUCUAUAACCAGAGAAAUUUUAUUCGGUCAUUACAAGGGCGCGCGUUUUCUUUUCACCGCUUUUCUCUGGAUCCUUAUCCAUUUCCUGAUCUUCUUCCCUUCUGUUUGCCAAACAAAGAGCGUCGAAAAACCAAAAACAAGUAAAAUCCUUAUUCGAAUCCCCUUGCUAUUUCUUGCUUUCUUAUAUUGCGAUUCCUUUCCGUUUCUUACUCUGUUUUUCAGUCGUUUGAUUCUCUUGGUUCCUCUCGAUUGUGUUCGUUUCUUUGUUGCCCCUUGAAAGAAAGUCAUUUCCGAUUACCUUUUUCUUUUUUUCUCUCCCGAUUUCCUUUGUGAUUUUGGGGAGAUGGCGGUGAAUUCGUUCUUGUUCGAGACGGCGGAAUCUCCCACCGCCUACGAUUUAGUGUUUAAGAUUUUGAUGUUCAUUGCUCGUUUGUGGGUGGGGAUUAUCGUCGGGGUUUUGGUGGGAUGGAUUUGGAAACCUAAAUGGGCCGAUUCGGGUAGGGAUUUGUUCAAUUCUUCGAAGCUGAAGGAUAAUUUGCCAUCGUCUUGCUUUGCCGGAUCGAUUUCUAGCUUGAAUUCGUUGAAAAUUCAGCUACCCAGAUGCUUGAAUUUGACCUCAGAUUGUGCGGUGGAGAAGGAAGUUCUCGCCGACCACCAGCCACCUACUGCCGCCGCCAUCUCCAGCAGUUCAUCAAAACUCGAAGGCGAAAAACCGACCCAGUUAACCGAGGAAGAUUUUAAGUAUUUAUACAAGCUUGUUGAGGAGAAAGAUGGAGGCCCCUCAUGGAUUCAGAUGAUGGAUCGCUCUACCUCUACCAUGAGCUAUCAAGCAUGGAGGAGAGAUCCUCAGACGGGGCCACCGCAAUAUCGGAGUCGAACGGUUUUUGAGGAUGCAACACCUCAGAUGGUGAGGGACUUCUUUUGGGACGAUGAAUUUAGAAUGAAAUGGGAUGAUAUGCUUCUAAGUGCUCAAACUUUGGAGGAUUGCCCUUCCACAGGGAACAUGACUGUCCACUGGGUGCGCAAGUUCCCUUUCUUCUGUAGCGAUCGAGAAUAUGUGAUCGGACGAAGAAUUUGGGAAUCGGGACAGUCAUACUAUUGUGUGACGAAGGGCAUACCUUGUUCCUUGGUACCUAGACAAAACAAGCCAAAACGCGUUGAUCUCUACUAUUCGAGUUGGUGCAUCCGUGCAGUCGAGUCGGAAAAGGGGACUGGCCAGCUGACUGCCUGUGAGGUGUUACUGUUUCACUAUGAAGACAUGGGUAUACCGUGGGAAAUCGCAAAGCUCGGAGUCAGGCAGGGGAUGUGGGGAGCUGUAAAGAAGAUAGACCCCGCUUUACGUGUGUAUCAAAAGCAUAGGGUGACCGAUGCCCCGCUUUCAAACUGUGCUGUGAUGGCUAAUAUCAACACAAAGCUCAGUUCUGACUACUUGAGAUGCUCAGAAGACACAUCUGAUGAUUCCUUAGAGGUCAAAAGUUUGGAGCCCGCUGAAAAACCAGCAGGAAAGAGCCUACCGAAGCUUCUCGUAAUUGGGGGAGCAAUCGCCCUCGCUUGCAGUCUCGAUCACGGCCUCUUAACUAAAGCAGUCGUAUUUGGAGUUGCUCGGAGAUUUUCAAACAUCGGAAAGAGAUGAUCGCCGCGGCAGCAAAUCUCGUACUCUUCAGCUUCAGCUUAGCAUUGGUUUCUUUACACACGCACGCAGCCCCUUUGAAAAAGUUUCGAAGGUGGUAAAAGUUUUUUUUCCCCCUUGAGUUGUAAAAAAGAAGCUUUAGAUUGGGGAAGAGAGAAGGGUAAAGAAAGGUAAUUUAGGCUUUCUUUCUUGUGUUGUAUGUUUCUUUUCUUUUUCUCAUCUCAUCAUCUUCAUGAUGGAAUGUUGUAGAAUUAAUACUAAUAGGUGAAAGUAAGAAGCAAUGUUGAGUAGCUAUUUUAUUAA